AUGCCAUAUGAUAAAACUAGAAAUAAUCAAAGCGUUCAAAAAGCUCCCUAUGUUCAUCCUCCUCGAACCCGCAAACAUAUACCAUAUCACUGUCAGGAAUGUAAAGGAAAAUUAAUAGAUCCUAGAAUGAAAAAAAAGCAUGAUUCUCACUUUACAAAUAGAAUUAUACCUCAAAGAGGAUAUACUAAUCUGACAGAAACACCUAAUGAUAAUCAUUCACCUAUUAACUUGAUAUCUUUUCCAAAAAUCGUUAUGAAUAUUAAUAACGAAGAAGAUCACGAAGAAAAUCUGCAAAAAGAGAGUUAUCAGUUUUUAGUAAAAAGAGCAUCCAUACUAGGAGUUCAAAAAAAUAAUAGGAUGUCUACAUUUACAACUCUGGAAGUAAUAAACGAAUUACUUUCUGAUGAUGACAAUGUGUCAGAAGAUGAAAGAAGAGAACUUGAAGAUAGUAGUGUCGUAGAUGAAGAUAUAACAAGCGAGUCAGAUGAAGAUUGUCAAGUUGAUUUUAGCACACUAGAGAUAGAAAUAGACUGA